AUGUCAUCUUUCUCUGUUGCCCUACCUCAACCCGCAGCUCAUGGCGACGCAUCUGACUGGAUUUGCUGGGGACAGUGCCCCAAGGGUCCGGAGCGAAGCCCCCAAGCUGCUCUAUUUCUGGAUCCUCAGGACGACUGUUAUGUCCCUCAUUGCACCAUUGGUCGACGACCGACUUCCCAGCCUUUCAGUGGCCGACCAGAAACGGAGAAUGCAUUGCUCGGAACAAAAUGGUGCAUCCAUGUGCAUUGGGUUGCUACCGUGGCAGCCAUUCACAGGACUUGUCCGUCUGACAAACAGACAAGGCCACGAAUUGGAUGCUAUCCUGAAUGA